CCUGUUCCAGGAGCUGCAGGUUGGUGCAGCUGGGGGGAUGUCUGCAGAGUGCCCCGAGCCUGGGACAGAAGGACUUCAGGGCCAGUCCCUGGGGCCAGGCAGGCAGGAUGGGACCUCAGGCCGAUGUCUCCCUCGGCUCACCCCCAUCCCCUGGAGCCUGCCCCGCUGGAGGGCUUACGUGGCUGCCGCGGUGCUCUGCUAUGUCAACCUUUUGAACUACAUGAACUGGUUCAUCAUUGCAGGAGUUCUGCUGGAUGUGCAGAAGGUUUUUCAUAUCAGUGACAGCAGCGCUGGCUUGCUUCAGACGGUCUUCAUCGGCUGCCUGCUGCUGUCUGCACCGGUGUUUGGCUACCUGGGCGACCGACACAGCCGCAAGGCCACGCUGAGCUUCGGGAUCUUGCUGUGGUCAGGGGCUGGCCUCUCCAGCUCCUUCAUCUCUCCCCGCUAUUCCUGGCUCUUCUUCCUGUCCCGGGGCGUCGUGGGCACUGGCUCAGCCAGCUACUCCACCAUCGCGCCCACCGUCCUGGGUGACCUCUUCGUGAGGGACCAGCGGACCCGUGUGCUGGCCAUCUUCUACAUCUUUAUUCCCGUUGGAAGUGGUCUGGGCUACGUGCUGGGGUCGGCUGUGGCGGAGCUGACUGGGAACUGGCGUUGGGCCCUCCGAAUCAUGCCCUGCCUGGAGGCCGUGGCCUUGAUCCUGCUUAUCCUGCUGGUUCCAGACCCACCCCGGGGAGCAGCCGAGAGGCAGGAGGAGAUGGCUUCGGGAGGCCUGAGGAGCAGUUGGUGUGAGGACGUCAGGUACCUGGGGAGAAACUGGAGUUUCGUGUGGUCAACGCUCGGAGUGACUGCCAUGGCCUUUGUGACUGGAGCCCUGGGCUUCUGGGCCCCCAAGUUUCUGUUUGAGGCCCGCGUGGUUCAUGGGCUGCAGCUUCCCUGCUUCCAGGAGCCGUGCAGCAGCCAGGACAGCCUGAUUUUUGGGUCGCUGACCAUCGUGACUGGCAUUAUUGGGGUCAUCCUGGGGGCAGAGAUUUCGAGGAGGUACAAGAAAGUCAACCCAAGGGCCGAGCCCCUCAUCUGUGCCUCCAGCCUGCUGGCGGCAGCUCCCUGCCUCUACCUGGCUCUCAUCCUGGCCCCAACUACCCUGCUGGCCUCUUACGUGUUCCUGGCCCUCGGGGAGCUGCUUCUGUCCUGCAACUGGGCAGUGGUUGCUGACAUCCUGCUGUCCGUGGUGGUGCCCAGGUGCCGGGGGACGGCAGAGGCGCUUCAGAUCACGGUGUGCCACAUUCUGGGAGAUGCCAGCAGCCCCUAUCUCACAGGACUUAUCUCUGGUGCCCUGCGGGCUGGGCGCCCCAACUCCUACCUGCAGCGCUUCCUCAGCCUGCAACAGAGCUUUCUGUGCUGCCCCUUCGUCAUUGCCCUUGGGGGCGGCUGCUUCCUACUGACUGCGCUGUCACUGGAGAGAGACCAGGCCCAGGCCUGUCAAGCUGGCACAGGGACCCUCAGCAGUAAGGAUGUGGACAGCACAGACGUGGAGAGACAAGGCCUGCUUUCUGGCACUGCUGCCUCCACAGAGGACCCCUGAGGCCCCCGCCCCGCACUCGCCCUGCCUGCAGCCCUCAUCGUCUCCCAUAGUGGCAGUGCCUCUGACCGCCCUUGGCUAUGGCUCAGGGACCCCGGCCGAGCGGCAUCUGCCACUUCUUCGUUCCCAGCUAGACUGCUGGCAGGGCCGGGUGGCUGGGCUGGGAAUUGAGCUGUCAGCACCCCCUGCGGGUGGCCUGGGCCUGCGCCUGCACCCAGCACAAGGCCGCUCCUGCCUGGGGUCCUCAGCCUGGCUGCUAUUGGACCCCGAAUAAAAUGUGGCCAGUGCAAAGCCCAUGGAUUUCAGGCCU